GGCUGAGUCCAGAGUUCAAAAACAAGGUUGUGGAGAUUUACCUUUACAGGUAGCCAUACAGAAACUGGUGCCAAGCACUAGUGGUUGCCUUGCUCUAAGCUCACUCUGUUUAUCUCUCCUAUGGGGGCCACCUGUUGGGGCAUCUGCUCUGCUGGGAGGAUCAGCCAUGAUUUCUUAGUGGCCCUGAAGACUCUUCCUCUGGACGACCAUAAGGUGGUGGCUGUAGCUUCUCCUAAUCUCAGCCGGGCUCAGGAAUUUGCGAAGAACCAUGACAUCCCAAAGGCUUAUGGAUCUUAUGAAGAAUUAGCUCAUGAUUCCAGUAUAGAUGUGGUUUAUGUGGGGGUGAUACCACCAUGCCACCUCUCAGCCACUCUUCUUUUCAUUGAGGCUGGGAAAAAUGUGCUCUGUGAGAAGCCCCUAGGCAUGAAUGCCAUGGAGGUCAAGACAAUGGUGAAGGCAGCUCAGGAAAAGAAGGUCUUCCUAAUGGAGGCUUUCUGGACCCGCUUUUUCCCUGCUUCAGUGAAGCUUCGUUCCCUGCUGGACCAAAGAGCAGUCGGGGAUGUGGUGGUACUACAUGCUGAAAUUGGAAGCCUGCCGUCAGUCCCGUGGGGAGGGCAGAAGGAGCUUGGAGGAGGUGCACUUCUAGCUGUGGGCCUCUACUGCGUCCAGCUGGCCUGCAUGGUUUUCAACAGAGAGAUGCCGGAAUCCAUUGUGGCUUCAGGGUUCCUGUAUGAAACAGGAGUGGAUCAUUCAGCCUCAAUAAUCCUGAACUAUUCUGGUCAACGUCAAGCUGUCCUCACAUAUACCAGAAAGGCCAAGCUACCUAAUCGAGCAAGCAUUUGUGGGACCAAUGGAAUAAUUGAGUUUCCAGAUACUUUCUGGUGCCCAACACAGUUGGUUGUCAAUGGCCAAAUGGAAGAGUUUCCCCUUCCUUUGCCAUCCCAAAAGCUGAACUACCCCAACAGCACUGGCCUACGCUAUGAAGCAGAGCAUGUCCGACAGUGUCUUCUUCAAGGUCGAAAAGAGAGCCCCAUCAUGUCUCAUGCUGACAGUGAGCUGGUCCACUCCAUCCUGGAUGAGGUCCGGAGGCAGCUGGGUGUAUCUUAUCCCCAGGACCACUCCUGAACCAUCCUGGAAUUGGGCUUUAACACCCUG